AUGGCUGACACAGUAUCAAAAGAACAAACAAAUCAAGAAUCUGCCGACAAAGAACCAAGUGAAAAUAAUGAAGAUUAUCAACUAGUUUUGAAAGCAUUGGAAGUAUUGAAACAACAGCUUUCAAAAGCAAAAAGUGAUUUGAAUACAUUAGAAACACUAAAGAAUGAAGCCUUAUCUGAACCAUUUGAGUUUAUCAUCAACUUAAAAAAGUCAAAAACUAGAGUACCCAAGCUUCAAAAAGUGAUCGCAGUUCCUGAAAUUGAAUGGCAUAAAUAUAAAUACUUACCAGAAACACGUAUCGCGCAACAACAAGCAUCGAUUCAGUCAUUCACACAGCAUCUCAUUAAUCAAACAAAGAAGACAACCUAUAAAAGCAUCUUAGACACUCAUUAUGUUGAACAUCAUCCAUAUACAGCAUCAAAUACAACAAAGCAACUUCAGCAAGAACUCAUGAAAGCCACUCAGGCUAUGCAUCAAAUACCCUCACGCCCAAUUUCUAUGUCUGACUUUUCUGAAGAUGAAAAUGAGGAAGAUAAUAGUCAAAGUGAUAUGGGAAUGAAAACUACACCGAAAAACUCUGUGGCUGGCAAAGGCAAAGGAAAACGAAGGACGUCUGUGGUUCAAUCAGGCAUUGAGCUGCAAAAGACACAGGAUGUCAGGCCAAGACUACUGUCAAUCGAGCCACGCACACCUGAUGAGUACUCAUUAGCAGAUAGCGUGGAUGACAAAACACCCUCGUUUAAGCAGCCUUGGACAGAUGAAGAACAGAAACGGUUACAAGAGUUAUUGGAUAUUUAUCCAGAUGAGCCUAUUCAAGCUCAGAGAUUUAAUAAAAUUUCUAAAGCACUAGGUACAAGGACACCAAAACAAGUAGCAAGCCGUGUACAAAAAUACUUUAUCAAGCUAGCAAAGUUAGGUUUACCUGUGCCUGGUAGAAUUACCAUUCCACCCUCGUGUAUGCCCAAAGAAAAAGGCAGUAGUCGUUCAAAAUCCAAAGCAAGAUCAUCGCCUGGACGCAUAACUAAGCCAUCAGCUUCACUGCGGACAUCUGGAACAGGAUAUAACAGCUUUGUCUCUGGUGGGAUCACAACAUCACGCAUAUCAGGAGCACACUAUGCAACGUCGCUUGGUCCUCCUUCUGCCUUUAUGUCUGAUGAGGAAGAGGAUUCUACAGUUAAAGAGAUGAUGCGACAGGCCGUCAUUAGUAAAGCUAAUGGCCAUCAUAGCAACGGUCACAACGAGUCAGCAUCCAGUGAUCUGGUGAUACACGAAGGAUUUGCUUGUGAUGCGUGUGGAACAGAACCUAUUGUAGGUGUAUUGUAUAGAUGUACAGUAUGUGAUAUUAGUGAAGAAGUUGACCUAUGUGGAAAUUGUAUGGAAAAGGGUACAUUUACAAAUGAUCAUCAUACUUUAGACCAUACAUUUGAAGCAGUGAGGACUGCCACACCCUUUCCCUAUGCAGAUAAUGAUUACAAAUCACCAGAUCACUUGGGAGAAUACAGUUAUUUGGGAUUUUAA